GGGUGGUGCGUGGGCUAUCCCAACUUGUGUGGCUGGGGUCGCGUUCCCCCACGACGGGUUUGGGGUCGUGCCCCGGGUGUGCGCUUGCGGGGCCGUCUGCUGGGGUGGCUCACCUGGCAGUUUGGGUGAGCGGCGCGGAGGCGGCGGCGGCGGGAGCCAGAGCCGGGAGCAGGUUUCAGCCCUUGUACAUUCCAGAAUCCAAUAUUUCCGAACGUCUACAGACAAGUGCACGUGAUUAUUGUGUCACCGAAGCUCCCACCGAACAGAGACUUAGAUCCUUGCCAAGUUUUCACCGAUGGCGCCUGAUUUAUGUUUCCCCCUCUGCUUCGUUGUGUACACCGGCGUAAAAGCUCUACAACACCUGUCAGCCACAUUACCUUAUAGAUACUCUGGGCCACAUGUUGCCAUACAAGGGGCAUUUUGAGGUUACGGCAGGAGCCAGUAACUUUCCAAGUGGUGAGGCAUCCUUCAUCCCUAAGUUGGGGUGGCAGUGCAUUGGGCUGGAUGACACCAUUUCCAUUAGUAAAUUGCAAGUGAAAUGUUAGAUGGAGUAUUUCUUCUCACAUUCUGAUGGAUCGUCUUGCUUGUCUCCUGCUCCUCCUCAGGGUGGUGUACUUGAAGAAUGGAUGAUGAUGAUUUUGGUGGUUUUGAGGCUGCAGAGAUUUUUGAUGGUGGAAAUGGCGAAACCCAAACUACGUCUCCUGCUAUUCCUUGGGCUGCUUUUCCUACAGGUACUACUAUGCAUAUCUGGAGUCCAUCUUUCUCCAGCUUCUCCUGAGAUUAUACUGGACCAUGACCACUCUUCUCCUUCAGUUGGCUGCCUGUCUUCGGAACCCAUCAUUUCAUCACCAGAGAAUACACACACAGAUGACAGCAUUGUCAGUCAAACUGUUCCUAAAGCACAGAUUCAGCAAUCAACACACACUCAUCUGGAUAUCUCACUUUUUCCAUUGGGUUUAAAUGAUGAGAAAAGUAAUGGAACAAUUGCUCUGGUGGAUGAUUCUGAGGAUCUUGGAGCCAAUGUAUCAAACAUACAGCUUCAGCAGAAAAUUUCAAGUCUGGAGAUUAAACUCAAAGUUUCUGAAGAAGAAAAACAGAGGAUUAAAAAGGAUGUGGAAUCAUUGAUGGAAAAGCAUAGUGUCUUAGAAAAAGAUUUCCUUAAAGAAAAAGAGCAAGAGGCCAUUUCUUUUCAAGAUAGAUACAAAGAACUUCAGGACAAGCAUAAACAAGAAUUGGAAGACAUGAGGAAAGCUGGUCAUGAAGCUCUCAGCAUUAUUGUGGAUGAAUAUAAGGCACUACUGCAGUCUUCAGUUAAGCAACAAGUAGAAGCUAUUGAAAAACAGUACAUUUCUGCAAUUGAGAAACAAGCACACAAGUGUGAAGAGUUGUUAAAUACUCAGCAUCAGAGGCUCCUUGAAAUGCUAGAUACAGAGAAGGAACUGUUAAAAGAAAAGAUAAAGGAAGCUUUGAUUCAGCAGUCUCAAGAACAGAAGGUAAUAUUGGAAAAAUGUUUGGAGGAAGAAAGGCAAAGAAAUAAAGAGGCUUUAUUAUCUGCUGCAAAGCUUGAGAAAGAAGCAAUGAAAGAUGCAGUUUUAAAAGCCAUAGAAGAAGAAAGAAAAAAUCUGGAAAAAGCCCAUGCUGAAGAAAGGGAGUUAUGGAAGACUGAACAUGCAAAAGAUCAAGAGGAAGUAUCUCAGGCAAUUCAGAAAGCAAUACAAGAACAGAGAAAAAUAAGUCAGGAAACUGUUAAGGCAGCAAUAAUAGAAGAGCAGAAGCGAAGUGAAAAGGCUGUGGAAGAGGCAGUGAAAAGAACAAGAGAUGAAUUGAUAGAGUAUGUAAAAGAACAGAAAAGACUUGAUCAAGUCAUCCGCCAAAGAAGCCUGUCCAGUUUGGAACUGUUCCUCUCUUGUGCUCAGAAACAGUUAAGUGCUUUAAUAGCUACAGAACCAGUUGACAUUGAAUAAAGAGAACAUGACAAGCAAACCCACACUGGCAAUGGAUAAAUCAUUAGACCUCUAAAAUACAUGCUGUGAAUUCUAAAGAUGCUUUUGUUUUCUUUCCAAACCUUGGAGAAUUGAUUUCCACUUCAAGGGUAAACUAAACCAAUAUUUAGAAGAACUAUCACAAGAUCUAAUUUAUUUUCUCUUGUUUUCUCCUUUACAUUUACUGUUAUUUUCAUAGUAGUAGGAACAGCAGCAGCAACAGAAAAUAAAAUGUGACCCAAAAACCAUUGAAAAUUGCCACAUUACCAAAAGUUAAUUAAACUUCAUAUUCUCUGGUGGCCUAUUACAUAGUAUUUGGUGAAAGUAGUAAAUACCUUUACUUAUUGCUUCACAGUGGCUCCUGAUAAGAUUCUGGAAUGUAGCCAUACAUUUAUUUGAUUUUGCGGAUAAACAGCAUGGAUCUCCACAUCACUAAUUUAUCUGUGUAACUGGGAUAUAAAACACUGACGUGACAGAGUCGUUCUGAUAUUACCAAACCCCUUUUCUAUAGAGGGAUCUAUGUAUUUUCAUUGGUAGUGAUUAAAAAUACUGAACAUUAUUAUAUUAAUUCAGCUUUGAUCUGAUGUACCACUUAAAGGGGUAUGUGUGUGAUAUAUGCUUAUUUCCUGUUUCUGUUCUUCGGAAUCACUAUAAAUCAAUAAAAUCAUUUUUCUUAUUAAUCCUAUCAUGAACUUAAUCUCUAGAAAGAUAAUAUAACUUAGCCAUUUAUAGGAAUUCAGAUUCAAUAUAAAAGAUAUGAAAUCCUUUCCCAUUACUUCAGAAUGUAUUUAAAUUAUGAGCAGUGUACUUUAAUGCAAAAUCAUGAGUCUUUUUAACAUCAGAAUUAAAAUGCUGUCAUUAAAAUGUAUGCAAACAUUUUGUCUUGUUUUCUGAAAUGCUUCUAUUUCCAUGGGCUUUGUACUUUUCUGGGAUUUCUCAAUCUAAUAAAAAGAACUCCAAAAGCUUA